AUGAGUGACAGUGAGCACCGUCUCCGACCUCAGGAGGUUGGGAGUGUGAGUGGAACAGCUUCGAGAAGGAGCCUGCAGCAGAGUGCUCCAAAAGGCUGGGUGGUAGGCUGUGGGUGGGUCCCCGCGGGAUGCGCGUACGCCGCUUUGCUCCCGCGGGCGAAGCCCCGGGCCAGGAGCGACCCCCGCGGCGGACCCCCGCAGCCCAGCCCGUCGGGCAGGCGGAGCGGUCGCGGGGGUCCCGGGGCCGCCCCGCCGAGCUGCCCGCGCUGGGCGCUGCUGGCCCUGGCGCUGCCCGCGCUGGCGCUGCCCGCAGAGCGGCUGGCGCUGCUGCCCCACGGCCGGGACCGCGGCGAUGCCGCGCUGGAGCCCGGGGACGAUGUGCACUCGGCGGCGCUGGAGCUGAGCACGGCGCUGCGCUUCUACGGCGCGGCCGUGCACUCCCUCUAUGUUACCACUAAUGGGAUUAUUGCAGUGAAUGAACCCUCAAGUGAAGAAAAAUACCUUGGUCAAUUCCCAGUGAGUUUUGGGGCUAUUGCUCCUUUUAUGGCUGACCUGGACACAACAGAUGGACAUGGAAAUGUGUAUUACAGAGAAGAUUCAUCCUCAGAUGUCUUGCAACUUGCAUCGGACUACAUCAAAAGAGGUUUUCCUGAGACUGCUUUUGAACCCAGCAGUGUUGUUAUUGUUACCUGGAAGCUUGUGGCUCCUUUCCAGGCACCAGGAGAAGAUCAUGCUUUGGAAGAAAAGAGAAACACGUUCCAGGCUGUCUUAGCCUCUUCUGAUUCCAGUUCCUAUGCUAUUUUCCUUUAUCCAGAAGAUGGCUUGCAGUUCUAUAGCACAUACUCCAAGAAUGACGAUGAAAAUAUUCCUGCUAUAGUUGGCUUUAGUGAAGCCUCUACAAACUACUACUUUUGGGAAAAGUCAGGAUCCUACAAUGUCAUUGCUAAUGAUGAAGACAGCAUUAGAAACCUGUACAAAAGCAGCAAUGCUGGGAAGCAGGGUGUCUGGGUGUUUGACAUUGGUAGCUCAUCUGACAGUAUCGUGCCUGCCAAAAUCAGCAACAUUUUGGAGACUGUAGAGCCCAACGAAGAAGACCAGGAGAUGACUUCUAAGCCCUUCAUGUCUGACUAUGGUUCCACUGAAAUAACACAGCAGUAUAUCACAAGUAGCACAGACAGCACUGAAGAGGAUCAGCACCUUGUCACAUACAGUGUUCCUCAGUUAGCUGCAGAAGACUUUCUGACUUCAUACCAAGAUGUAACAGGAACACCUUCAACUGAGUCUUUUUACAGUCCUCAACAUUUCCCAACAGCAAAAGCUCCACCUCGCCAGUUUCGGAUUCAGCAAUUCCCCCCACAGCCACCUCAAGUCAUAGAUGUGGAAGAAUUUGAUGAAACUGGGAUAGUGUUUCGCUACCACACAGAUGUCCAAGAGACGUGUGCUAACAACCGUCACCAGUGCUCUGUUCACGCUAUUUGCAAGGAUUAUCCCAACGGGUUUUGUUGCAGCUGUAUUGCUGGUUACAAAGGAAAUGGCAGACAGUGUGUAGCAGAAGGUUCUCCUCAGAGAGUCAACGGCAAGGUCAGAGGAAGAAUCUUUGUAGGAAACAAUCCCGUUCCAGUUAUAUUUGAGAACACUGAUCUCCACUCCUAUGUUGUGAUGAACCAAGGGCGUGCCUACACUGCUAUCAGCACAAUCCCAGAAACUUUGGGGUAUUCUUUGCUGCCUCUUGCCUCUAUUGGAGGUAUCAUAGGAUGGAUGUUUGCUGUGGAACAGCAAGGAUAUAAAAAUGGAUUCAGCAUUACUGGUGGUGAGUUUACACGGCAAACAGAAGUAACUUUUCUUGGCAACAAUGAGAAGCUGGUUGUAAAGCAGAAGUUCAGUGGCAUUGAUGAGCAUGGUCACCUCACCAUCAGCACAGAAAUGGAGGGCAGAAUACCUGAGAUCCCAUCUGGGGCAUCAGUCCAUAUAGAGCCCUACACUGAACUCUACCACACUUCUAGUUCUGUGAUCACUUCAUCGUCCUCGAGGGAGUACACGGUGACAGAGCCAGAAAGGGAUGGAGUGGCUUCCACGUACACGGGUGCCUAUCAGUGGCGCCAGACCAUCUCCUUUGAUGAAUGCAUCCACGAUGAGUCCCCCCAUUCUGCUCCUGCCACUCAGCAGCUCUCGGUGGACAGUGUGUUUGUCCUGUACAACAGAGACGAGCAGAUCCUGCGAUAUGCCAUGAGCAAUUCCAUCGGCCCCAUCAGUGAUGGUUCUGCUGAUAUUAACCGGAAUCCUUGCUACACUGGCACUCACAACUGUGACACCAACGCCGUGUGCCGUCCGGGAACUGGGAAUCGUUUCUUCUGUGAAUGUUCGAUCGGCUUCCGUGGAGAUGGAACUGUUUGUUAUGAUAUUGAUGAGUGUUCAGAGCAGCCAGGGCUGUGUGGCAGCAAUGCAGACUGCAACAACCAGCCGGGAACCUACCGCUGCGAGUGUGUUGGGGGAUACCAGUUUGCAGCAGAUGGGCAGACUUGUGUUGCUGUGGAGCACGAGGUGAACCAUUGCCUGAGGGGCACACACAACUGUGACAUUCCUCAGCGUGCUCAGUGUGUGUACACUGGAGGGUCAGCCUACAUCUGCACCUGCCUCCCUGGCUUCUCUGGAGAUGGGCGAGCCUGUGAGGAUGUAGAUGAAUGUCAACAGGGCCACUGUCAUCCAGAUGCUUUCUGCUACAAUACUCCUGGGUCCUUCAGCUGCCACUGCAAGGCAGGUUAUCGUGGGGAUGGUUUCCGAUGUGUGUUAGGAGAAGCAGAAAAGACCAAAUGCCAGCAUGAACGUGAAGUAGCUCUUGGCAGUGGAGGUGCUUUCUUCCCGAGGGAUGUAAGAGUUGGUCACUUCAUUCCCCAGUGUGAUGAGCAUGGGAAUUACCUACCCACUCAGUGCCAUGCUGGCAGUGGGUAUUGCUGGUGUGUGGAUAGGGAUGGAAAUGAGAUUGAUGGCACCAGAAGUGGUCCAGGAGUUCGACCACCAUGUCUGAGCACAGCUGCUCCCCCUGUUGUUAUUGGGCCCUCUGUUCGACCAGACACAGUACCUCUGCCACCAGGAACGCACUUGCUUUUUGCCCAAAGUGGUAAAAUUGAACAUGUUCCACUAGAGGGAAACAAUAUGAAGAAAAAUGGUGCAAAAGCACUCUUGCAUAUUCCAGACAAAGUUGUUAUUGGAGUUGCCUAUGACUGCGUGGACAAGAUCGUUUAUUGGACAGACAUCAGUGGCCCUUCCAUCAGCAGGGCCAGCCUGCAUGGUGGCGAGCCAACAACCAUAAUCAAAACAGACUUGGGAAGCCCUGAAGGGAUAGCUGUAGAUCAUCUAGGUCGCAACAUCUUCUGGACUGACUCUCAGCUGGAUAGAAUAGAAGUGGCCAGGCUGGAUGGGCGGCAGCGUCGCAUCCUUUUUGACACUGGUUUGGUGAACCCCAGAGCAAUUGUUUUGGAUCCUGUGAGAGGAAACUUGUACUGGACUGACUGGAACAGAGAAGCUCCUAAAAUUGAAACUUCAUAUAUGGAUGGCACAAACAGAAGAAUUCUUGUUAAAGAUGAUCUUGGGUUACCAAAUGGACUGACAUUUGAUCCUUAUUCCUCAAUGCUGUGCUGGGUAGAUGCAGGUACCAAGAGGCUGGAAUGCAUGAACCCUAAUCAGCUUGGUAGACGAAAGAUUGUUGAAGGGAUUCAGUAUCCUUUUGGUGUUACAAGUUAUGGGAAGAAUUUAUACUAUACAGACUGGAGAAGGGAUGCUGUCGUAGCAGUGGAUCGCACGAUUUCAUUAGAAAAUGAUAACUUCCAGCCUCACAAGCGCUCACGACUCUACGGAAUCACCACAGCCUUUGCUCAGUGCCCAGGAGGACAUAACUACUGUACAGUGAAUAAUGGUGGCUGUACUCAUCUCUGCUUGGCUACCCCAGGAGGCCGUACCUGCCGCUGCCCUGACAACACAGUUGGAGUAGAUUGUAUAGAAAGAAACUGAGCAUUAAAAUAAGCUUUAGAGCAGCAGACACCUUUUGGAAAUGUGCUGUAAACAAUUCACUCCUAUCAACACAAUCAGGCCCUAAAGAUAAGUGCUGCAUGCUGCUGACAGCAAGCCACAAUGCACCUAUGCAGACACACACGCACGCACACACACACACACAGAGGCUGGUUUUGUAGCAGUUAAGUAAGACAGAGCUGCCCAGGUUGGAUCCAAAUUCACCCUAUUCCUUGUAAAAUUAUCUCUUUGCUUUUAAAGGUAAAUGUGGAGGCCUUAGUUGCAUCUGCCCCAGACAAGGAGGAUGUUUCUCUUGGCAAAAUUGAACUAACAAAACACGGAACAGAGUAACAAGAAUGGAACUACUCAGAUCCUGAGACUGAAUUGUACCUUGGAGUGAGCAGCAGUUUUCUGCAGAAGUGGUAUGGUUAGCCCAUGUGGCAGGACUUAUCUCUAGCUGAGAAAUAAUCAGGGGUCCCAAGGUUGAACAGAUGAGAGGGAAUACCCAGUAACAGCACAUAUUUACUGCCCAAGCACGUUCCAUCUCACUACCAGUCCUUCCACUUCAAAAACUUGAAUCUCAACUUUUGGCUUCUGUACUACAGAAGUACUUUAUCCGUGUGUUGUAAGAAUUAUAAUUCUCACCCUGGCUCAUGUGACUCUUUUCUACAGCACACGAUUUGUUAUAGAUAAUCAACACUGUUUAGUGGGUAUGUUUGAAGUUUUUGUUAGGUUUUAAGAGAUUUAUCUUUCUUCUGUUUGAGGUGGAUUCCUGAGUAGUUCCCUAAAAUCCACUAAACAAAAUUUAGAUAUUUUGAACAAUUGCUGAUAGGCCAUCAAAGAAUGGAUGUUGAUUCAUUGGGAGACAAGUGGUUUUAAAGAGAUAGUCACAUUUGUUUUCUGAGAGGUUUUAAAAUAGUAUUUCUAUGUUUGAUCCUAUAAGCCUCAAAGUGGUCUCUGAAUUCUAUCUUAGCAAUCUUUCUUCUUUAUCAAACCAUGCCAUGCCUUUUUAUAGACCAUAAGAAACCAUGGCAAUUGAAAUCUGAUUUUCAGAAAGCUCAUCUCUGGUCUGGUGCUUAAAAGAAAAAAAAUAUGGUGAUGCCUUGUGCCAGUGUUCAGUAACAGCAAAUAUAGUGUUCUGAAAAUCAAAGUGAAGUUGAUGUUUUCAUCAUCAUCAGUAAGUUUGGAGAGGGGAAAUCUAAAUGCAUACUUAUAUGCAUUUAUAUGUCAAAUUAGCAGAAUAAAUCUGGAAGUGAAGUUUGGUUUCCCCUCUGUGUGGUGGGAAGGAAGCUUGCCUGCAAACCAACCUGUGGCAGAACAAAACAGGGCUUGUGAGGCUCCUGCCAGAGCACAUUUCACUGUGUGUCAUGAUCAGAGCAGUAAGCUAAUGUCCCCAUUUCCUCACUCCCUCUUCAAACACGACAGUGACAGUUUUAAACAGAGCCAAUUCUGAGUCUUAACUGUGUGACAUCUUCCUCUUUAAUUGUAUAUUUAUCAUAAAAUAACAAAACAUAUAAACAUUUUAAAGAUUUUUUGUAUAACUUUUUAUAACUUUUAAUUCAUUCUAUUCAUACACCUAAUCAGGUAUGGCUUACUGUAAAUAUCAAAAAUUUGUUGAAAUGAAGGUGCUUGAUAACUCUUUCUCCAGAAGUAUUCACAUAUCUGGUGAAAUAUUAAAGUUUACACUCUGUACAGAUAUCUACAGUACAGUCAAUAAAAAUGGUUGGUUUUUAUUUUCUGUAAAAAAUAA